CCAUCGGUUAUGUGGCGACCCUGAGCGGCGUCUGACGGCGUCUGGGAGAUGCUGGCCAAAACAUUAUGGCCCCGUAUGCAUUUCAUCAACGAAGAGGAUAUUUAGUUACUAUUAGUAAUGAAAACCGAACUGCACAUAGAAUACAUCCUCACCAAGAGUUUAACAAUGGAAUUGUUAUGAGCGCUGAGCCCUUGUGUGAUAAUCAGCUGUUUGAAGUGAGAAUUGACAAAAAGAUUUCGACAUGGAGUGGCUCAAUCGAAAUUGGAGUGACAACCCUCGACCCAAGUACUCUGACGUUUCCUUCGAGUGCGACAAACCUGAGGGACAGUUCGUGGGUGAUGUCCGGUAUCGGGGUUCUUCAGGACGGCAAACCCCUGGUCGAAGAAUAUGGUGUUGACCUCGACCAACUUGGUGAAGGGGAUAAAGUGGGUGUUAUGAGGACAUCGUCUGGGGAUUUAGUUUUUUUCGUGAACGGUCAUAGCCAAGGGGUGGCUGCCACCAGGAUUCCUCCGCAGAUAUAUGUUGUUGUGGACUUGUACGGAAAAUGUGCGCAGGUAACAAUUGUGGACAGUUCUGAAUCAAGACUAAUAACCGACAACAUCAGCAACGGUAACGUUGGUGCGGAACGAGCUUCAACCAACUCCGCGGUGGACGAUAGCCCUCUCAGGUUUCACGCACGUUGCGGGCAACUGGUCUGCCUCACAAACAAUAACCGCACAGCCGAGAGGAAACGGCCCUCGGAAGAAUUCAAUAAUGGAGUCGUCAUGACGCACAGGCCUCUUAGGCAAAAUGAAUGGUUUGAGAUUCGAAUUGAUGAACUAAUGAAUAAAUGGUCCGGCUCUAUUGAGCUUGGUGUGACAACGCAUAACCCGGAUGUACUCGACUUUCCACCUACCAUGACAAAUAUGCGAUCAGGGACCAUAAUGAUGAGCGGCUCCGGCAUCCUCACGAAUGGGAAAGGUAGCCGGCGGGAGUACGGAGACUACAAUCUCGACGAACUUCACGAAGGGGACACGAUAGGUGUAGUAUGCAGGUCAAAUGGCAAUCUGCAUUAUUACAUCAACGGAGUAGACCAAGGCAUUGCGUCGUCAGCUCUGCCGGAUGUCGUGUUUGGAGUAGUCGACCUUUAUGGUAUGACAGUCAAGGUAACCUUGGUCGAUCACAACGAAACCCCCGACACCCAGGUUACCUCGCCGAACGACGAAAGCAAGGCCAUUAAAGAUGAUACUAACGAUAGAGAAACAGGAAGGCUGCUGUUCCAUCCAAAGUGUGGACCCCUGGCUGUGGUGACUAACGGUGGCCUUACCGCUUUAAGGCCAAGUGCUCUGAACGGUUUCAAUGAUGCCGUGGUGCUAACAAACCGUGCCUUGCGUCCAAAUGAGGUAUUCGAGGUUGUCCUCGAGCGACUGGUUUCAAAGUGGUCAGGCUCGCUGGACAUUGGAGUCACCGUUUUUCCUCCACAUUCCCUGGAGUUUCCGACGACCAUAACGAACAUACGGUCGGGCACGUGGGUCAUGACGGGCCGCACGGUCAUGCACAAUGGGACGGAAAUCGUCAAUGACUAUUGCCGCAGUCUCGACUCGUUGGAAAUUGGGGACAGGAUUGGUGUCAUGAAAACAGCCGAAGGUGACUUGCACUUUUAUAUCAAUGGGGUUGACCAGGGAGUGGCAGCACACAGUAUUCCGAGCAAAGUGUACGGCGUACUGGACCUGUACGGUCGUGCGGCACAGGCUUCGAUUGUCGAGUCCACUGCACACGAUACAAACUCUCUUCCGGUAACCCUCGCACCCGUGCCGUCUCCAUCUCUGGCACUCGGUACUGUAACGACCGACCUGAGGUUCAGUGACCUGCAUGGUCGCAACGCAAGAGUGUUGAACAAUGGCCUCACUGCAGUCCGUCCUAAUGCACACGGGGAGUUCAAUUAUGCCAUUGUCGUGAGCAGCCGUCCUCUCGAAGAAAACGAAAUAUUUGAGGUCAUAAUCGACCAGAUGGUGGAUCGUUGGUCAGGGUCCAUCGAGGCUGGAGUGACUGCAAUACCGCUCGAAGAACUGGAAUUUCCUAGCACCAUGACCGACAUCGACCAUGAUACCUGGAUGCUAAGCGGCUCGUCAAUCAUGCGUGACGGCAACACUGUCCGCAAUGGCUACAAGUGCGACUUGGAUCAGCUUAGCGUUGGAAGCCGUAUUGGCAUGAUGCGGGACUCCGAAGGAUGUCUACACUACUUCAUCAACGGAGAGGACCAGGGAAUAGCCUGCAGAAACAUUCCUCAAAGAGUGUACGCCGUAGUUGAUCUGUAUGGCCAAUGUGCUCAAGUCUCCAUAGUGCCACAGUGUCAUGCAUUGCCUACACUUCCACCAGUUAACAAGGUUGCCUCACCCGAAGCCCCACGAGGGAGCAUCACACCUGCCCUCGGAUUAUCCACGAAUCGCCAGUUCAGCGCUCGAUGUGGCAAGCACAUCGUCCUGCGGAAUGGGAACAUGGCUGCGUGCCGAACUGCCGGUUUCAAUAACGCCCUGGUCUUCAGCGCAGCGCCGUUGGAGUUGGAAGAGUUGUUUGAGGUGCAAGUGGAACAAGUGCACAGUGUAUGGGCAGGGACCCUGGUGCUGGGGCUCACUUCGUUUUCCCCAGAGUCUGCCGUUGCCCUUCCACCCUCUUCGCUUCAAAUUCCUUCGAGCGAUACCUGGCUACUGAUAGGGUCUCGAAUACACAGGGGCGGGCUCCUACUGAGGGAUAGCUACGGGCCUUCCUUACACAGGAUAGCCGCUGGAGAAAGAAUUGGAGUGCAGCAUUGCUCCGAUGGGACACUUCACAUUCAUUUGAACGGUGAAGAUCUUGGUCCCGCAGCGUUUAAUCUUCCAAAGGCACUGUACGCGGUCUUGGACUUGUACGGAGCUGUCGAAUCUAUCUCGCUGUGUAGUAGCAGUAUAGUACCAGCCAGGCAUUCAGCUGCAUCAAACUGCUAUGACACCUCAGAGACUGGCAACGGCACUCCAAGCAAGGAGCGCGUCAACCAAGAAUUUCAUGAAAGCCACGGCAGAAAUGUGCAGCUCAGGGGUGGCAACCUUGUCGCCUGCAGAGUGGCUAGCUACAACCAAGGAAUCGUCGUGUCGAGCAAACCACUACCACGUUGUCAGCUCUUUCAGGUCAGGAUAGACAGAUUAAAUCCGAGGUGGACUUCUUCCCUGCAAAUCGGGGUAGUCCGGGAAAGUCCAGAGAAACUUCAGUUCCCUCCGACGGCCCUUGGUCUGCGGAAACUGGGCUGGACCAUUUGUGGAGAUUCUGUGCACCACGGUGGCACAAAGAUCAAGGGCAGUUAUGGCCCGAAUCUCGACAACUUGCAGCCAAGGCACACAGUUGGUGUCCUUGUGGAUCUGGACAAUAAUCUCCAUCUAUUUGUCAAUGGCGUCGAUCAGGGUAUCGCAGCCCAGGACAUUCCCCCAGUUUGUUACGCCUUGGUUGACCUCUACGGCCAAUGUGAACAGGUGACAGUGUUGGAGCACCACAACCAAGAUAGUGGACCAGAUACGGACAGCGGAGAAAAGGCAGAUAUUGACAAUGGUGUUAAAGAAAAACAGGUGAAAAACAUCCACAAUGACCUGCAUGCCAUAAAGAACUGCGAAUACCAAAAUUCAUGCGUAAAUGUCAAGGCAAUGCUUGGAAUACCUGACGGUUAUUUCCUCUCUGAGCCGAACAUGUGCUACUGCGAAACAUGUCACAAGAUUCGUGGCGAUGAGCCUUACAAUAAAGUGGGUGAGCCUCCCAGGGACUAUGCUGUACCCUUUGGGUGGUGUAGAUUUUCCUUGAGGCCCGUUCCAAACUCGGAAAACAGCUUGGCACAGGAGAAAUGGCAUGUGGCGUACCACGGCAUCCCUGUCAGCGCUAUCAGGAAAACGCUCGACCACGGAGAGCUUUUGUCGCCAGAUGAUGUACUGCUCUGCCACGCCGUGAAGCCAACGCCAAAAAGCAGAGCCGAGAACUUAGAGUCAAAGUCAAUCUGCCUGUCUCCUACUCUACGGUAUGCAGGGAACAGUAGCUUCAGUCCAAAACAUGUCUUCACGGAUACACAAACAGGUAGGCAAGUGCAAGUGCGAGCCGCAUUCCAGGUGCUCGUACGGCCCGGCUCGUACACAGUCCACCCGGCCUGCGCUUCGAGCCGAGAUCCCAUAGACGUCCACUUCAGCAACAGCGAGCUCGAAUGGCGGGCCAAGGAACGAGGUGCCACAGUCCUUCGUGCCCUUCUACUUCGAAUCGAGACAUCUUGAUGAUAGGUUGACGGUUCUUUUGCUUCGUUUUUGUAAAUAGAAAGCCUGUGAUCAUUGUUACCUGCA